GUUAAAGUCUGGCGAAUGGAACUGAAAAAUAGAAAUUGAACAUUAAUUUUUACAAGUGGAAAAAGGUAAGAGGAAAAAAAAAAUCGAAUUUUGUUCUGGAUAAGAACUUGUGAUUUUUUUUUUUUUUUUCUUGCUUUGAUUUUGAGACUUUUUUUUUUCAAAAGUAUGCUGUAAGUAUUUUUGAGAGCAGUUUUUUAAUGAAAAUACUUUAGAGGAAAAAAAAUCCAAGAAUAAAAUAUUUUUCAAAGAAAAUCAUUUCUGAUGAAAGGUGCAAUCUGAUUUGGAAAUGAAAAAUGUCACUUGUUUCGGUAAAUCUUGGAAAACUUUUUAUUCUCAUGCAGUUUUUAAAAUUGAAAUCAACCACCUCGAUUACAUCAUUUUAGAUUUUAAUUUAAUGUAGCUGCAGUUUUUUAAUCCGCGUUUUGGAUGUAUUUAGUUACAAAUGAUGUAAUAAACACCUAAGUGUGGGGAAAAAGUUUCUUCUUUGUACUCUGCAUAAAUGUGGCACCACGGCGGGACCGAUUGCCGAGACAAAUUCCUUGUGUUGUUCCAUACUUUGACAUUAAAACUGAUUCUGAAAUAAUGCAGCAACCACAUCGAUUCUUGUUUGGCCCCCAGUACCGAAAGAACGUGAUUGGUCGUGGGCGGGUCACGUGUGUUUGCCUCGCCUGCCAUUGUCCGUCGUCAUCCCGUCCAGGGCGUGUUUUGGGUGCUUGCCGGCGUGUUGACAUCUUUGCAGCCGCGAUGCCGAGCCUGCGUCGCGGCUGUGUCACUGCUCGAGGUCGCCGUGACGCGGCUGGAAGAAUGGAACCAUAAAUUAAAAUAAUAAUAAUAAUAAUAAGCGCGAAGGCGAGGUCUGGUCCUCCUGCAUCGGUUCGGUUUUCCGCCGCAACAUGGCCAACAACAAGGCGAAGACGGCGUGCGAGUCGGUCCGGGUGGUGGUCCGCUGCCGGCCGCCCAACAACAUGGAGGCGACGGCCGAGAACGGCGGCUCAGUCCUGGACGUGGACGCCGAGCUGGGCCGCAUCUCCGUGCGGAACCCGAGCGCUCCAUCUGGCGAGCUCGCGAAGGAGUUCACCUUCCAUUCGGUGUUCGGCUGGGGGUCCACCCAGGGCGAGGUGUACGACGACGCCGUCAGGCCCCUGGUGGACUCGGUUCUGACGGGCUUCAACGGGACGGUUUUCGCCUACGGCCAGACCGGCACGGGCAAGACGUGGACCAUGAGGGGGUUGCCGGGCGACCCGGAGAAACGGGGCGUCAUCCCCAACGCCUUCCAUCACAUCUUCACCCACAUCUGCCGCAGUCGGGGCCACAAGUACCUGGUCCGCUCCUCUUACUUGGAGAUUUAUCAGGAAGAGAUCCGAGACCUGCUGUUGGAAAGCAGCAGAAAACUGGAGCUGAAGGAGAGCCCCGAGGAAGGCGUCUACGUCAAGGACCUGUCUUGGGUGGUCACCAAGGACUCCGCCGAGAUGCACCACCUGCUCGCCGCGGGCGACCGAUCCCGCUCGGUGGGCUCCACCGACGCCAACAGCCGGAGUUCCCGCUCGCACGCCGUCUUCGCCGUCACGGUGGAAUGCCAGUCCGAGUCCGAGGACCCGGUCCGGGUGGGGCGCCUCAACAUGGUGGACCUGGCCGGGAGCGAGCGGCAGAGCAGGACGGGCGCCCGGGGCGAGAGGCUGCGGGAGGCAGCCAAGAUCAACCUGUCGCUCUCCGCCUUGGGGAACGUCAUCUCGGCGCUGGCGGACCGCAAGGGCGGCCACGUGCCCUACAGGGACUCCAAACUCACCCGCCUCCUGCAAGACUCCCUGGGCGGCAACGCCAAGACGGUCAUGAUCGCCACGGUGGGGCCUUCGGAGCGGGACCGCCACGAGUCCCUGGCCACCCUGCGGUACGCCAGCCGGGCCAAGAACAUCAAGAACAAGCCCCGUGUCAACGAGGACCCCGAAGCCGCCCUCCUCAGGGACUUCCAGAGGGAGAUCGCCAGACUCAAGGCCCUCCUGGAGGAGCGAGGCGCCUCGGCCAGGGAGCGGCGGCAGAAGCGAAGGGACGGCAAGAGACUCAGCAGGGACCUCGCGCAGCUUUGCGAGGAGGACGAGCCGAAAGAAGCCGGCGGCCAGUGGGAUCGGGAGGCCGUGGAGAAGAUCAUCGAGAAGUACAAGGCCAUGGAGAGCAAAUUGCUGGAGGGCGGCAAGACCAUCACGGAUCACACCAACGAGCAGCAGAAGUUGCUGGAGCGGAAGAGGCUCGAGAUCGCCGAGCAGAUCCGGCGGGAGAGGGAGAUGCGGCGGCAGAUCACGCUGCGGGACGAGGAGACCCUGGAGAUGAGGGAGACCUUCUCCUCGCUGCAGCAGGAAGUGGAGAUGAAGACCAAGAAGCUGAGGAAGCUGUACACUAAACUGCAGCUGGUGUGGGCCGAGAUGCGCGACGCGAUCGACGAGCACGUCGCAUCCCGCCAGGAGCUGGAACAGACGCAGAACCAGCUGACCCGAGAGCUCAAGUACAAAACCCUCCUCAUGGAGAAUUUCGUCCCCCCGGCCGAAAAGAAAAAGAUCCUAAACAGACUCGACUUUGACGCCGACGAAGAGCAGUGGAGGCUCCUGUCGGCCGUUCCGUCCGAAAGCGCGCCGAAGCGGGUGAAGAGGCGACCUCUCUCCGCCGUGGGAUACAAACGUCCAAUCAGCCAGCACGCGCAAUCCGCUGUCGCCACGGCAACCGGGGACCAGUCAAGAUAUCAGGCGGAGAACAUCAUGCUGCUGCAGCUGGACGUGUCGCCGGCCGCCAUGUUGGCGCUCGACCUGCACGGGGCUCGUCCGGGGAGCGGCGCCCUGAGGGACGCCGGCCCCUCGGCGCGGCGGCUCAGGAAGUCCGCGUCCUGGUAUCAAACCCCACGAGCGGCGUGCGUUUCGGCGUCCGCGUCGUCCGGCGCCGUGACGUCACCGUCUCAGAGUCGGCGUCACGGACCCAGACCCUCCUCGGUCGCGGAUCUCCCGCCGGCCGCCUCGCUCGGGUCCGACCCCUGACCCCGUGGGAUCCCGACCCGUGUCGGUCCGCAUCGCCGUACGCCCUCGGCGGCUGACGACGACGACGGCGUCCGGUGAGCACGCGGGGCCUCCCUGUCCAACUGCUGCGUUCCAACAAAGUUCUCUCGACGUAAGCGAAUGUUUGCAAAAAGCACAGCCAAAGCUUGCGUGAUUCAUAUUGCGUUUAUUUUGCCGUAUCGGUGACGUGAGUCGCUUGCUGCUUUUAUUGUGACAGAAAUCCGCUUCGUACCAAGAAGCCGCGCUGACUAUUUAGCUGACGUUUUUUUUUUUUUUUUUUACUGUGGCGGAAAAUAUUGUGAAUAAGUGAAUUGACUGCACUGCACAUCAAUGUGAAAAUAAAAAUGAUUG